AUGACGCCCCAUGUGCACGAAGUCCGGAAGAAGCUUUCCUAUCCUCUAUAUGGAGGGGACUUUGAUCCUCUGAACCCCGACUUUCUGCUGGUCGGCGGAGGCGGUGGAGAAUCCUCGACUGGAGUGCCCAACCGUAUAUCACUAAUCGACACCUCUCGCCGCGAUGAGCUUAACGAGAUCGCCGAGAUCGAGCUUGCGAAAGAUGAAGAUUCUGUCACCACUCUCGCAGUAGCUUCCUCCAACGAACACGCGCUGACAGCAAUCGCCGGAAUCAACAGCUCUACCAUAGAACAAGAGGCAGGUAGAAAUGAACACCUGCGAUCCUUCCGCAUAGGCCUACCUUCACGAAAGAGAAAGGCCGAUGGAAGCCCCGCCGAAAAAGUCGAAACACCACGAUCGCCGAGUUCCCAGGCGUUGAGCAAGUCCGCGCUGUUCAGAAGUGCAAACGCUCCCAAGAAUGACACGUACCAAAGGGUUCUCCGCGUAUGUCGCACAACCUCAAAGAACCAGGCACGUAUUGCUGUCAUCGCCUCGGGCUUGGCUCCAGAGAAUGAAGUUAUCACCUUUCAACCAGUCUCAAACGCUGUGACGAGCACCAUUGAUGAGAUCUCGCGUAUCAGUCUCGGCAAGUCAGAAGCAGCUGACGCUGAUGUUACCGCAGUCGAGGAUAACGGCCAUUGCCUGGCAUACUGUACGGACCAUGCAGUCUAUCUGCAGCAGCUACCGCGUACCAAAGGGAGCAGGAUUGAGGAGCCGGUCAAGGUGUACGAGGUGUCCACUCCCAACAGGAAACCCAAAUUUCGAGCCAUUCGUUUCAUCACUCCCGACCACAUCCUACUUCUCCAGAACACCUUCGACCGCUCUGGCGCCUCUCUGAUCAUCCUUAAACUCAAACCCGAGCUCUCGACCGGCCACAUCGCUCUUCGCAAAAGCCUUGCUCGAACCACAAAGUCUGCUGUUGGCCUCGACACCUGUCCUCUAUCUCCCAAUCCAGCCGGUGAGUUCCAGACCGUCAUCGCUGUCUCCUCCCAGGACUCGUCCAUCGAACUUCUCACCCUCGACUACCGGCCCAGCUCGGGUAUUCGACGCUUCACACCCUACACUUACCUCCCUGCCGUCCACCAGGGUCCUCUGACCCGCAUCGUCUUCUCCACCUAUCUUCCUCUUCCGAGCCCCAUAACGACUGCACCACCGCUCCAAGUCAUCCGCCUUGCCUCGGUGGGCGUAGACCAAAUAGUCGUAGUUCACACCUUGCCCUUACGACCUGACCCCACCACCUCUCGCACUCCACGCUACGUGCUUACCGCCCCCGGCGCAUCAGACACUCUUCAAACCGCCCUCUCCACCACCGUCGCCAUACUCAUGAUCACCCUCGUCGCCCUCCUGAUGCAAGCCUUCUGCGAGAUCCGCGGCGCCGUUCCCCCCACGCUCCACGCCGCCGACUACCUCCCCAGCGGCCUCAGCGCCGCGAUCGUCAAGCCCUAUAUCGGCGCACACACUCCCUCCAACCUCCCCGAAGCCGCGGCCGCCAGCGUCUCCAGCAUCGUCGACGCCAUCACGGACGCCCCCAACACCAUCCCCACUACGCCCUCGCUCUCCGAGCUCCGAGAGCAGCUGGAGGCUCUGGUGGCGGGCGCGAGCGACACAGCAGGCGAGGCGGCACAGGCGGGCGCCAUCAUAGUGCGCGACACGGGCACCGAGGUGGCGGCGGAGCUGCGGCACGGCGCGGACGUCGUGCGUGACGAGACGGUGCGUCGCUGGGAGGAGCUGAGCGAGCGGGAGAAGCAUGGCUGGAAGGAACGGCUCAAGGGCGCGGGCCACUGGGUCGAGGAGCAGGGCGAGAAGGUCCUCAAGGGGAUUCUCUUCUCGCAGCUGGCAGAGGUAGUGGGCGAGGCUGUACGUGGGUAG